AGGCUUAGAAAGACGUAGGCGUGUUCCAAUGCUUCUGAAGGCUGAACAUUGCUGACUUGGUACACAGAGUGACGAGAAACUUGGACAGAGUGGACGAUGGUCUGGGCUGUGGGUUUAACGUUGCCUGUGGUGCUGUGCUCUCUGGGCCUCACCGCUGUGUGUCUGCUUGCUUUGUUGGCCUGGCUGGUGUCCGGCCGGACGACAGGGAGGGCGGUGGAGGGGAAGGGCAGAGCCGUGCUGGUCACCGGCUGUGACACAGGCUUCGGACAUCUGCUGGCACAACAGCUGGACGAGCUGGGUUUCCACGUGUUUGCGGGCUGCCUGUCCACACAGGGGCCAGGGGCACAGACCCUGGCACAAACCUGCUCCAGCAAACUGAGGGUUUUCAAAAUGGAUGUCACUCGGGAUGAAGACGUGGCUGCAGCGAAGGAAUACGUGCUGUCCAACCUACCCCAGAAAGGGCUUUGGGCUAUAGUUAACAAUGCUGGGAUCACAGCGUGGGGCGAGGUGGAGUGGAACACGUUGGAGAGCUAUCAGAGACUGGUUGAUGUUAAUCUGUGGGGAAGUGUACGGACGACAAAGGCUUUCCUGCCACUUCUUCGGGAAUCUAAAGGUCGGAUCGUAUUUAUGUCUAGCAUCUCAGCGACCAUCCACAGCAAGGGUACCAGCAUGUACGCCAUCACUAAGAGUGGGAUCGAGGCCUUUGCUAGAUGCCUGACGCAUGAAAUGAAAAGAUUCGGGGUGAACGUCUCAAUCGUCCAGCCAGGAAACUUUUCCAGGGCGACAAACAUCCUGCAGGAGCCAACAUUUGAGGAGGUUUGGAACAAGCUAAGUGACAUGGUGAAGGAAAGCUACGGCAAAGACUGCGUGCAGAAUUACAUCCAUGGAAUACGUUAUGCACUUAGCCAUGCAAACAAGAAUGCCACUGACGUCACAAACAUCAUCAUCGAGGCCCUGAUGUCACCCAAACCAAAGAUCCGCUACUGCGUGACAUCUGUGCCCGAGAGUAUUGUUCUCUUCAUCUGCAAUCACUUCCUCUCCUGGGACCUUUACUUUCUUUUCAAUUACAUAGAAGGGCAAAUAAAUAAAGCCUGUACCUCACAAAACUAAGUGUUAUGGCGUGUGAGGCUACUCACUAGCUAUGUGGAGAGACUAGAGAGACUGGGUUUGUUCUCCUUAGAGCAGAGAAGAUUAAAGGGAGAUUUAAUAGAGUUGUUUCAAAAUUAUGAUUGGUUUUGGUAGACUAGAUAGGAAGAAACUGUUUCCUCUGGCAGGUGGGUCGGUAACUAGA